GCCCUAGUCUAUUGUCUGUCUGCCAUCGGAUCACAACUGAGCGCAGGCUCUCCUCUUCUUCUUCCUCGGUCGCCUCAAAUCGAUAUGGGUUAUACCAAGGAUCAGCUUCUUGCUCGCUUAAAGGAACUUCAGAUUGAUUUUGUUUGCUAUGAUCAUCCUGCUGUCUUGACUGUUGAGGCUCAGGCAAAGUAUGUUGGACAUUUGGGUGGCGCAUUAAGUAAAAAUUUGCUGUUAAAGGACAAGAAACAUAGAUAUUAUGUUGUUUCUGCUCUUGCAAACACAAACAUUGACUUAAAAGUUUUGUCCCAAAGACUCGGCCUUGGAAAAGGAGGUUUGCGAAUGGCUGCUGAAGAAGCUUUGCAAGAAAUACUUCAGGUACCACUAGGAUGUGUAACACCACUUGCACUAAUUAAUGAUUCUGCAAGAGAUGUCUCACUAUUGCUGGAUCAAGGAUUCAAAUCUCAACAAUCCUGCUAUUUCCACCCACUCACAAAUGAAGUGACUCUUUCUAUAAGUGCAAGCAGCUUGGACAAGUUUCUGAUUUCAAUAGGAAGACAACCCUCAUAUGUGGAUUUGGAGGCUAAUCCAGCGGUAGGCAAGGACAAUCCACCUGAUCUUGCUUCUCUUGCUCCAUCUGGAGUUCCCACUCUUCCAGAUAAAGUAGAAAAUGCUGUUACUUCUAUUCCCACUGGAAAUGAUGGGCUUACAGUGAAGAAGCCAACAAAGCUUGCUGGAGAAGCCAAAAGUCCAGCUGCUUUACAAAAAGAGAAGUUGCAGAAAGUUCAAAGCUCAAUAGAUCCAUUGGCUGAAGCUACCAAUAUUGAGAAACUCGUGAAGGAAAUCAUGGAUAAAACAUCCACAGCCUUUCUGAACGAGAUAACUAAGGAUCUAAAUGAUCCACAAAUUGCACCUUCAGUUUCAGAUGUUGUCAAAAGACGUGUCAGUUCUGACUUGGAGCACAUGAUGAUGAGCCUGAAGAAUGCAGCAUACACACAAGGGUUUCAGGCAGGUUUCCAGGCUACACUUAGAUCAAGUCUUCAGAGCAUAUCAAUGCAGAAAUAGUGAGACUUCAUCGUUAUAUGACUAGGGAUCCAGGAUCCCAUUCAAUUACUGAUCUUUUGACAUAUAUUUGUAAUUCAGGUCUUGUCUGAUUAACAUCUUGCAUUAUGCUACAAUGUUUUCAGUUUCUUACUCCAUUUGCCUGUCAAUGUUUCAUCUCUAUAAAUUCAUGUAGAUGUGGAUACAUAACGUUUUCGUGUGUCAGUAGAUCUUGAAAGGCUAUGUUUAAUAUAUAGAUGUUUAACUUCUA